CCCAGCCCUGUGGAGGAGUUGCUCCUGCCGAGGUGGGGGUUGCGGCGGCGUCGAUGCUACUCCUCGCCGGCGCCCUGUGUCCGGCGACGGUGCCCGGUUUCGCUCGGGCAGUCGCCGUGUUUUCUUUCACCGUUGCGCUGUCCACCCGGCAUGCCCGGUGUGUUCUCCAGUGCCGCCCGCCUCUCAGUAACUUGUCUGCAAACUGUUGGUCCUGUCUUCAUCCUGUUAACAUGUUCAACAGUUACAAUGUUAAGUUCUACCACAGCAAAGCUCUCACCUCUCCAUAUCCAGGAUCGCAUGUUGAGCGUAGCCCAGUUCCUGAAGAUAAAGUGGGCUGGCUGACUGAGUGGAAAGAUUACAAUCCUGUGGAGUACACUGCGAUGUCUGUUUUGGCUGGACCCAAUUGGGCAGAUCCCCAAAUCAAUGAUAAAGGAUUUUCUCCCAAAUUCAAUGAGAGAGAUGGAGAAGUGGAGAGGAGGAGUCUGAAUGGCUUGUAUGUGGUUGUAAACGGGAGGCCCCGAAAUCCAGUGGGAAGGACUGGCCUCACAGGCAGAGGAUUGUUAGGGCGCUGGGGACCAAACCAUGCUGCUGAUCCUGUUGUAACUAGGUGGAAGAGGGACAGAAGUGGCAAUAAAGUUGCUCAUCCAGUUACUGGCAAAAACAUCUUACAGUUCGUAGCUAUCAAGAGGAGAGACUGUGGGGAGUGGGCCAUUCCAGGGGGGAUGGUGGACCCAGGGGAGAAGAUUAGUGCUACCCUGAAACGAGAAUUUGAGGAGGAGGCCUUGAACUCCUUGCAGAAAUCACCUGAGGAGAAAGCAGAAUUGGAGAAGCAACUCCACAAGCUGUUCAGCCAGGAACACUUUGUGGUGUACAGAGGAUAUGUGGAUGACCCUCGUAACACUGAUAAUGCCUGGAUGGAGACGGAGGCUGUGAACUAUCAUGACGAAACCGGUGAGACAAUGGAUAAUUUGCUUCUGGAAGCAGGUGAUGAUGCUGGAAUGGUGAAGUGGGUUGACAUCAGUGAGAAGCUCAAGCUGUAUGCAAGUCAUAGCUACUUCAUCAAGCUUGUGACUGAGAAACGGGGAGCCCACUGGAGUGAGGAUCCUGGUCCUGAGUGCUGAGUGAUGUAAACAAGGAACCAACGGACACCAAGGGGAGAAUACAUUUUCCGGCUUUGAAACAGAUGACAUUGUCCUUUUCAGCGGAAAUUCAGUGAAAAUUCCUUGAAAUUCAGCUGACAAAAACACUUGGCAGUGAUAAAUAGAGGCUUUUUCAGAGACUUCGGAUUGCUGCUUUUGAUUUCUCAGCUAGUGUGAAAUGAGACGAAUGUGGAACUGUUACCUUGUUUUGCUUUCUUGCCUUCAUUAUUUGCAGCCGUUUCAUAGUAUCUGCAGAUUUGCAUGACAACACUGGGAUUCUGACUGGUUGUAGUUCAGAGGCUGUUCACUUUAGCUCUGUAUUUUUGCACUGAUUUCAUCAGGAGUAUGAAUCCUUAAGGGAUGUGAGACUUGUAAGAUGAUAACUUGAAUAAUGACUUAAGUGCUACAUAAUAAAGUGAAGUUUCUUUUCUGAGUUGUUUCACUUAA